AUGGCCCAGGACGACAAGCCUGUCGCCGACAAGGGCAAGGCUCCUGCUGAGAAGCAGACCACCGAACUCCCCGGCGCAAAGGACCCGCAAGAGCAGUCCACCAAGGAUGGCAAGAAGCCCGUCGAUCUCCCUGCUGAUGAGUUGAGCGAGGAGGACCAGAAGCUCAAGGACGAGUUGGACAUGCUCGUCGAGAGGUUACUAGAGUCCGACAAGUCGCUGUACAAGCCCGCCCUCGAAGCCAUCAAGACGUCCAUCAAGACCGCCACAUCAUCCAUGACCGCCGUCCCGAAGCCUCUCAAGUUCCUCCGUCCCCACUACGAGAAGCUCGAACAAACAUACGAAUCAUGGCCCGCGGGCGACGACAAGAACUCGCUCGCCGACACCCUGUCCGUCUUGGGCAUGACUUAUGCUGACGAGGACCGCACCGACACACUCAAAUACCGCUUGCUAGCACCUUCAGGCGAUCUUGGCUCAUGGGGUCACGAGUACAUGCGCCAUCUGGCUCUCGAGAUAGGUUCCGAUUACCAGAAGCGCCUGAACGAGGAGCGCGAUGCCGACGAACUCGUCACCCUUUGUCUGGCUCUCGUCCCCUUCUUCCUUAAGCACAAUGCAGAGGCCGAUGCAGUCGACAUUUUGAGCGAGCUAGAGAUGAUCGAAGCCAUUGCCGAUCACGUCGACGACAACACUUAUGCCAGAGUCUGUCUGUACAUGGUCAGCAUGGUACCGCUCCUCACCUACCCCGAUAACGAUCGCUUCCUCCACACCGCACACGACAUCUACAGAAAACACAACCAGCUCCCUCACGCUCUCACUCUGGCCAUUCGUCUCAAUGACUUCGACCUGAUCAAGAGCGACUUCAGCUCCACCAAGGACAAGAACAUGCGUAGACAGCUCGCAUUCGUACUCGCUCGCCAAAAGAUCCCGCUUGAGCUUGAUGAUGACGAGAAGGAGGAGGAUCCUGAGCUGCAGGAGUGCUUGAACAACACCAGAAUGCCCGACCACUUCAAGGCUCUGGCCAAAGAGCUCAACAUUCUCGACCCCAAGGUUCCUGAGGAUAUCUACAAGUCGCAUCUCGAGUCGAGCAGAACUGCUGGCUUGACCAAUACCGACUCGGCGAGACACAACCUGGCCAGCGCUUUCGUCAACGCCUUUGUCAACGCCGGUUUCGGAACAGACAAGAUGAUGCUUGUCGAGGGUGGUAUCAAGUCAAGUUGGGUUUGGAAGACAAAGGACGAUGGCAUGCUUUCGACCGCUGCCUCUCUCGGUUCUCUCAUGCUCUGGGACGUCGAGAACGGUGUCGACAAGAUUGAUACAUACACAUACGUCCAGGAGGAUUCGAUCAAGGCUGGUGCUGCUCUGGCCACUGGUAUCGUCAACUCUGGCGUGCGUCUCGAGGCUGAUCCCGCCUUUGCUCUGCUCGGCGACAACCUCGACAGCUCAAAGUCAAAGUCGGUCAGAGUCGCCUCCUUGAUGGGUCUGGGUUUGGCUUACGCUGGCUCCAACCGUGAGGAUCUCCUCGAACUGCUCCUUCCCUUCGUUACCGACACUUCUCUUGACAUGCAAUUGUCUGCAAUGGCUGCCCUCUCUCUUGGUCUGGUCUUUGUCGGAUCCGCCCAGUCAGAUGUUAGCGAGGCCAUCAUCCAGACUUUCCUUGACGAUGACCGCAACAAGCAACUCAAGGACAAGUGGACCCGCUUCAUGGCUCUUGGUCUUGCCCUGCUCUACUUCGGCCAGCAAGAAGAGGUUGAUGUCAUUCUUGAGACUCUCAAGGCCAUUGACCACCCCAUGUCCAAGCCUACCUCCGUCCUUGCCGAGAUUUGCGCCUGGGCCGGCACCGGUGCUGUCUUGAAGCUGCAAGAGCUCCUCUACACCUGCAACGAGCACAUUGAGGAGGGUGACGAAGACAGAAAGGGCGAUGAGCUCGUCCAGACCUAUGCCGUCCUCGGUCUGUCGCUUGUUGCCAUGGGUGAGGAGGUCGGUCAGGAGAUGGUUCUUCGCCAGUUCGGUCACUUGAUGCACUACGGCGAGGCCAACAUCCGCAAGGCCGUUCCUCUUGCCAUGGGACUGAUCUCUCCCUCAAACCCUCAGAUGAAGGUUUACGACACUUUGUCGCGUUACACUCACGACAACGACCCUGAUGUCGCUGUCAACGCAAUCUUCGCCAUGGGUCUCCUCGGUGCUGGUACAAACAACGCUCGUCUGGCUCAAUUGCUCCGCCAACUCGCCUCGUACUACCACCGUGACCCCAACGCUCUGUUCAUGGUACGUAUCGCUCAAGGUAUGCUGCACAUGGGUAAGGGUACUCUUUCGCUCUCGCCCUUCCACACCGACCGCAGCGUCCUCUCAAGAGUAUCGGCUGCCGGUCUCCUCACCACCCUCGUCUCUCUUAUCGAUGCCAAGUCGUUUGUUCUCGGCGAUUCCCACUACCUCCUCUACUUCCUCGUCACGGCCAUUAACCCCAGAUUCCUCAUCACAUUGGACGAGGAUCUCAAGCCUCUGCAAGUCAACGUGCGUGUUGGUCAAGCAGUCGAUGUUGUUGGACAAGCUGGUCGUCCCAAGACCAUCACUGGCUGGCAGACACAGAGUACACCUGUUCUGUUGAGUUAUGGCGAGAGAGCCGAGCUCGAAGACGAGGAGUACAUCCCUGUGACGAAUGUCAUGGAGGGAUUGGUUAUUCUGAAAAAGAACCCUGAGUGGGAAGGUACACAAGCAUAG